AGAAGGUGGGCAGUUGGUGGUGGUGGUGGUGGGAGAAUCAGGGAUCUGAGCCUGGAAACUAGAGAACAGGACUAUUGGGAUAAAGCAGAAGAUACAGCUGCUGUUAGAAUUCUGCUUGCUGAAUCCACACCUUCAUCCUUGAUCCUGACAUCUUGAGGAGAUGGCUUCAACAGCAGUCACUGGACUGAUUCCUGCAUUUUUCUCUAUGGCUGGUGAUGGAAAUGUCUACUAUAGUGGGCGCCUAUUGUGGUUUGGCUUUCUUGGGGUGUAUGGGGUGGUGAUAUAUGUGGUUCAAAUGCCUUGGGCUGCCAUUAACAAUGACUUUUGGUGCCACGGCAACGCCACCUUACUUUGCCAGAUGGAAUGCUUCGAGAAACAUUUUAACAUGGCGGUGGUAGGCCUUUGGUAUUUCUUCUUGUUUAUUUUCUUGGCCAACUUUUUUCUCAUGGAGUUCUUCAUUGUUCAGAUUCUAACCAGGCAAAACAAUAUGAAAGCAAUAGAGACAAUCAGUGAAGUGGAACUGGGCUCUAUGGUGGGAAUACAGGAGGCCACCUCUCUGCCAAGGAAAAAUUUACUGAACAUUUACAUGGAAAAGAUGUUGCUGUUUUUAUACCUCUUCUACUUCUUCUCGCAACUUAUUUUUCAGACAACAUUUCUGUGGAUCCUUGUAUACAGGCACUUGCCCCUGGUGAAUGGCUCUCUCAUUGACUGUAAAACAGACACAUGUCAGAACCCCUAUUUAUGCCUGGUGAGGGGUACAUUGGAAAAACGCAUGUCCAUUUACACCUUGAUCACUUUGUCUACUAUCAUCAUCGUCUUCUGCUUGGCGUUCUUUCUCUACAGUGCCUACCACUACUUAGUAAAGUUAGGAGUUUUACAAAGCCAGUUCCAUAGAACUUGGAAAAACUGAGGUUUGGAAAAGGGCAAUGCCCUCUCUCCCUCACUCCACAUAUGCCAAGGAGUUCUGGUGUCCAAAAGCAUUGUGUUGGCUGCAAAGCCUCUUCCUAUCAAUAGUUUUUACUUUCUUUUUCAAUAUAAAAUAAAAUAAAAAGUCUUUAUUGUCUCCAGUGGCCAGGCAGAAAUUAUCAGGAUAUUAGGGGUAACUUUUAUUUCUCCCCAUAUUCCCUUGCUUCUACUACAAUAUUGAAGUUUCUAAUGGGAUGUUAGUCCAAGCUAAAAAAAAAAUUCAGGUGGG